AUGCAUCAUGCAUGUGGCAGGUGCAUCCUUCAACGUCGUUAUAAAAUUAAGAAUUUAAUUGAAGAAAUUCCGACUGUAGAACAAAGAAAAUUGGUUAAUUUUGAUAUAUAUAAGGAUUGGAAAUGUCCUGUCUGUGAAUGUAAAAAAGAAACUUUUGGACAUGUUUGGCGCUGUUAUUCAAAUCGUAAAAGAAUGAGAAAUAUUAUAUAUUAUUCGAUUAUAUGUUUAAUUGAAAAAAUUAAAGAAUACAAUAUAUAUACCUUUGAUAAAGCUAAAAUAAUUGAUUUAUUUAUAAACGAAUCCUUUGGCGAAGUUAAAGUUAAUAAUAAUAAAUUAACUUUCGUAGAUAUUAUUAAAGGCUUAUUUCCUAAAUUAUUAGCUGAUUUCUUACGACAAGAAAUUAAAAUGACUAAAGUUCAUAUAUUCGAAACUGGAGUCAAAUUUUUAGAUUUCGUUUUUGAUUCUACACAUAAGAUUUGGUCGAUAGAUGUGAUUUACAAAAAGACAAAGAAAAAGUUUUAG